UAGGAGUUAUGGGAUUAGAGAGGGUAAGAUGGAUGCUGUACACAAGUUGAAGGUUUUGGUGAUGUUUCUGUCUCUGGCUACUUUCACGGUCAUGGUGAUAAUGAACGCUGGAAAUGCCACUGGGAUAUUCAAAGGUCUAUUCAGGACAACCCCUGGAAACAUCUCAGACAAGUACAGCACUGAUUUCACACCAGCUGGCUGGACUUUCCUCAUCUGGAAUGUCAUCUAUGCCUGGCAGCUCGCCUGGCUUCUCUACGCCUUGUCAGGGAUCUGUCGAAGGAAUGAACUUGGACGCGUCUUCAUAAAGCCAGACUUGCUGCCAAUACCUUUUUAUGUGGCAUGGUGUCUGAAUAAUGGCCUCAAUGUUGGAUGGCUCUUUCUGUGGGACCGAGAAUACCUCCUUCCAGCCCUGGUGUUCCUGGUAGUCCUCACUCUUACCACGUGUGCCUCCCUCUUCAUUUCACACCGAGCCUUGAGCAUCUAUUCCUCGUGGUUUGUGAAGGGUCACAAAGCUGAGCUCUGGCUCAUCCGCAUUCUGGUCCAGAACGGGCUGGCACUGUAUGGAACGUGGACCACCAUCGCCACUCUGCUGAACUUCGCCGUUGUGCUGAUCUACCAGGGGAAUGUGUCCCACGAGAAAGCAACCACUGCUUCUCUCAGCAUCCUUGCUCUCUGCCUGGUGAUAUGGUUUUACCUAGAAAACUUCUCUCUUGACAAGUAUGUCCGCUAUAACCUCACAAUCUACCCAGUGGUCAUAACAGCUCUGAUUGGCAGCGCAUGCAAGAACAGCUCGUUUUCAUCCCCAGUGACCAACAACAUUUUCAUAGUUGUUCUGCUGGCAGGGACUUCCCUGAUCUUUGCUGUUCGGUUGGGACUAGUCACGUGGAGACACUAUAAGAGACCACUGGAAGCAUCAGGAACCACAGACCCGUCAGGCACAGUGGCCUGAGACCUCUGGCAUGUUGUGGCAGAUACUUGAAAGGGAGAAAAAAGAAUUGGGCAUCUGCUGGUCGUUCCUUCCAGUAUCAAUUGCCUUGUGCUUUUCCCUCUUAUUCUCCAUCCCAAAGGCAGGUAGAUUGUGUCUGCAGACCUGUUUCGCUCCCACGUUCUCUCGGAUGAGCUACUCGCAGCUUUUACUCUGGAAAAGUGCAGGGAAAGGUCCUUUAGCUGAGCAGCCCUGUGCACCUCUGUGAUGCCUGAGCUGCAGCUCUCUGGUCCUACCAGAGCAAGGAGAGCUGCCAGUGGGAGGUCCUCAGUAUCCACAAGUCCUGGUGCUGUGAGCAGAUCUCCUGCAGGCAGCGACUGCUUCCUUUCCUGCUUCUCUUCAGCAUGAUAGAAACAGAUACUACAGCUUGAUAUCUACCUUUACAGUGUCAGCUCUGAUGUUUGAUAGACAAGGGAGCAGGAGGAGUGACUGAAGACUUCUGACACAAAUGAGUUGCCUUUCCCUGAGCUUGUGCUGGCUGGAUGUCUCCUGCUGGAGGAUGGUUUGUGGCCACUCUGGAAGGAGGUUAGAUGUACAGAUGAGAUGGUACCUGAUCUGGGGUGAAGCCUGCUGCUUCAAAGGAAGCCUGUUUAAGAAAAAAAAAUAAUAUUUGAACCGGCAGAGCGAGUUCAUCCUGGAUCAGUGCCUUUCUCAUGUGGUUUCACUACUUCUUACUUGGUAUUAAGAAGCCUAAAAGUGGGUUGACUGAAUUGUUGGACCACUGCCUCUAUUUCCUGUGCCUAAUCGAGAGUUGGUGGUGCCUCACAGGUGUCUGGAAAGUGUUUCUACAUGGCAGGUGCUUUCAGAUAUUGAAUAUCUUGCAAUAC